ACCAAUCUAUGCCAAUAGUUUCUAGACUUAGAUGGAUACCAUUGAUAGAGAAAUCCAAGCUCCAAAUUCUGGUCGCAAACAUGGCGGCUGGGUCACCUUCCCUUUCAUUACUGGUGCAGUGCUAGGCUUAGGACUUGCUGGUACAGGAUGGAUGGCCAACCUCAUCAUCUAUUUGAUUCAACAAUUCAAUGUAAACGCCAUUGAUGCUGCUCAGGUUUCCAAUAUCGUUAAUGGCGGCUCAAGUUUGUUUCCCAUAGUUGGAGCUACCAUUGCUGAUUCUUCCUUGGGCUGUUUCUCAGUCAUCACAUUAUUUUCAUCCAUUUCUUUACUGGGAACAGUUUUUAUUGCCUUAACAGCUACACUCAACUCACUGAGACCAACACCCUGUAAUGGUGGAUUGGGCAGUUUUUGCAAAGACCCAUCAUGGGUUCAGUUCCUAGUGCUUUAUGCAGGAAUAGCUCUGGGAUCCAUGGGUGUAGGAGGCACGCGUUUUACUUUAGCAACAAUGGGAGCCAACCAAUUUGAUAACCCACAACACCAAGGGAUAUUCUUCAACUGGUGCUUUUUCAGUCAAUACGCAGCCUCUGCAGUGGGUGCCACUGCUUUAGUGUAUAUUGAGGACAACCUGAGUUGGGGUUUGGGUUUUGGACUAUCUGUUGCGGCUAAUCUUCUUGCCUUGCUCAUUUUCUUGUUGGGAAAUCGAUUUUAUUUGCAUGACAAGCCCCAAGGGAGUCCUUUCCUGGAUAUUGUUCGUGUAAUGGUGGCUGCUUUUAGGAAAAGAAACUUCUCACUCUCACCCAUGGCCAAUGAUUAUUACAAUCCCAUUACUGUGGAAGGUGCACCACCUAAUAAAGCUUUCAGGUUCCUCAACCGAGCAUCAUUAAAAGCUGAAGGAGACAUUAAAACCGAUGGCAGUGGCACAAUAGCAAAGCCAUGGAGACUUUGCAGUGUGCAACAAGUAGAAGAUCUGAAAACCUUGGUCAGGAUUCUCCCAUUGUGGUCUUCAAGUAUAUUUCUAUCCACCCCAGUUGCAAUCCACAGCAGCCUGACGGUGCUUCAAGCUCUAAACAUGGACCGUCACCUCGGCCAACACUUGAAAAUCCCUGCCGGCUCUAUCUUGGUCAUAGAAAUAGUUGCCUGUGCCAUUUUUCUAACCCUAAUAGACCGAUUCUUAUGGCUCACAUGGCAGAAUCUAACCAGAAAAUCCCCAUCACCACUCCAACGAAUCGGUGUCGGCCAUGUGUUGAACGUACUAGCAAUGGCCGUCUCAGCGUUGGUGGAGUCCAAACGGCUCAAAAUGGUCCAUCACCAUGACCGUGAUCAGUCGCAGCCAAGGUCGUCCAUGUUGGCUCUAUGGCUGGUCCCUCAACUAAGCUUAGUGGGCAUUGGCGAAGCCUUUCAUUACCCAGGACAAGUUUCACUGUAUUAUCAAGAAUUCCCAGCAUCUCUAAGAAGCACGGCGACAGCCAUGAUUGCCUUGAUUAUCGGCAUUGCUUUCUACUUAGGCACUGCCAUAAUUGAUUUUGUUAGGAGGGUUACAAGCUGGUUACCUGAUAAUAUAAACAAUGGGAGGCUUGAUAAUGUGUAUUGGAUGUUAACUGUGGUUGGGGUGCUUAACUUUGGUUACUAUCUUGCUUGUUCAAGGUCUUAUAAGUAUCAGAAUGUUGAAAAACAAGUGGAUGCUGAUACUAAUUAUACUUAUGGUUGAGACCUUCACAAUAAUAUUUGUUUCCACGGCAAGGAAACUUCAAUGUACUAUUUCACUGCUUCUAAGGGGUUUAAAGUAAGAAAUAAAUGAGAAAAGGCUGGACUUUUUAUUUUGCUUCAA